UCAACGGGUACUUCGGCUGUAAUCUCGUUACACAACGAGACUUUCUAAAGUGCCAUCUUCCAUUUUGUUCAAAAGGUCUAACAAAGGGUCUCGCUGGAGCACCUGUCCAAAUCCACCAUGAGUGCACUGCCCCCCUCGGGCACCGCUCCCCCUCCCCCCGGCAAGAGAAAGGAGAUCUACAAGUACGAGGCUCCUUGGAUUCUGUACAGUAUGAACUGGAGCGUGCGGCCAGACAAGAGGUUUAGGCUAGCUGUGGGCAGCUUUGUAGAGGAGUAUAACAACAAGGUCCAGAUUGCCUCUCUUGAUGAAGAAACUUCCGAGUUUGUUGCCAGGAGUACUUUUGACCAUCCUUACCCUACAACAAAAAUCAUGUGGAUUCCUGACACAAAAGGGGUGUAUCCAGACCUGCUGGCUACCAGUGGCGACUACUUACGAGUUUGGAGAGUUGGUGAUUCAGAAACACGGCUUGAAUGUCUCUUAAAUAAUAACAAAAACAGUGAUUUCUGUGCACCUCUCACCUCAUUUGAUUGGAAUGAAGUGGACCCCAAUCUCCUCGGCACAUCAAGUAUUGACACCACAUGCACAAUAUGGGGGCUGGAGACUGGUCAGGUAUUAGGCAGGGUCAAUCUGGUGACAGGACAUGUGAAGACCCAGCUGAUUGCGCAUGACAAGGAGGUGUAUGACAUUGCAUUUAGCAGGGCAGGGGGAGGCAGGGACAUGUUUGCCAGUGUUGGUGCUGAUGGCUCAGUGCGAAUGUUUGACCUCCGUCACCUGGAGCAUUCCACUAUUAUCUAUGAGGAUCCUCAGCACCACCCUCUCCUCAGGCUGGCCUGGAACAAACAGGACCCUAACUACUUAGCUACAAUGGCCAUGGAUGCCAUGGAGGUGAUCAUUCUUGAUGUCCGAGUCCCAUGCACCCCAGUGGCCAGACUGAACAAUCACCGAGCCUGUGUCAACGGCAUUGCCUGGGCACCUCAUUCAAGUUGUCAUAUAUGCACUGCAGCUGAUGACCAUCAAGCUCUAAUCUGGGAUAUCCAGCAGAUGCCGAGAGCCAUAGAAGAUCCCAUCCUAGCGUACACCUCCUCAGGGGAAAUCAACCAGAUUCAGUGGUCAUCUACACAGCCAGACUGGAUAGCCAUCUGCUACAACAACUGCCUGGAGAUACUGAGGGUCUAGAAGACAGGGGCACCAUUUUUUUAUUUAAUUCAGGAAAAAAACACUGGUGAAAUUAAUGAGCUGUUUUAUGAUGCUGCAGGACUUUAAUUUGUUAUGUACAGUAGCAGGGUCUCCCAGAGGAAGAUUGGUCUUUUUUGUGGAUGUAAUUUCUUUAAUCUCAAAAACAUUUUUUUUUUUUGGAUAACAUCUCAAGUCAUGGGAAUUGUGUGGUUAGAAAAAGAAGUAAAAUGGAAAAGAGCCCAGACAGCAUUUUCUUCAAAGUUUAGAGACAUAUUAUUACUAUUAUCAUAGUUAAAUAUGCCUGGCUUUGUUGAAUUUGACAUAGGUCCUCUGAAAGGUAGCUUUAAAUUGCUUAAAUUUCAAUAACAAUGCAAUUAAUGCAGUGAUUAUUUUCCCUGCUGACAGUUUUUCUGUGGAUGCCAGUUCAGAAAAUGUACUCCCAAUUGUUACACUUGUCUUCCUACAACACACCUUACUAAAAGACACGAUGAAAUCUACAGCACAGUGGGAUACUUGAUUGAUUUCAUUGACAAGAUAAUGGCACUAAUAUGCCACAUGUGGUAUACCAGAUCACCAUUUUUACUGGGUUUACUCAAGUGGGUCCACACUGAGCAGCUGUCCUAGCUGUGUACAUAGCCCCCGGCUCCACCAGUUGUAUCUAUAUGUAUAUUUCUGCUGUACAUAGAACGAGGUUGUUUCAUGUACUUGAAAACUAGUCAGUUCCUGAUCUGUAGGCGUAAAUAAGAGUCUCUUUUAAUCUGUUUAGUGUGCAAAAAUGUUUGAUCGCUUCACAGGUAAAAUAGUGAUCUUAAUAAUCUCUGGCAAUGGUUUGUAAAUAAAGCAUUGUGUCUCUUGCAGCUGGACAUUUUGCAGAACUUUAGACAGAACAGUGAAUGUGAAUAUAAGUUGCAGUUGUUUUGUGCUGUGUAAGCGAAUUACAGGAAAGAAGAUUAUCUUCACUCAUGCAUUUUCAUAUUUCGUCCAGUGCGCAGUGUAUCAAACCCCCAGUUAUGUAUGCAAUAUUAGGUGAAGUCUAAAAAGUUGAGAGUGAUAUCUUAAUGAACUCCAGGUUCAUGAUCGUAACUUUAAAAGACUUGUAGCGUUUUAGUCACAGUGUGAGUAAAGGGUAAAUGACUUUAUCAGUUUUAUAGUCUUGGUUACAUUAGGUAAUCAGUUAUGUGCUUCGUGAGUACGAACCCCGUCAUUAAAGUAGAUUUUUGAUUUUGUCGCCGUUUUUUGUCGUAAUGUCAGUAGUUGUAUGUUGUCACCAGUCACGUUCAUUCAUUACACAAAGAAAAACGUAAUACCGUCAUUGUAUGUGUGCUGAGAAGCUGUAUGAUCAUCUUUAUGAAUAAACUUGUAGAUAUCUAG